AUGCCAGUGUUGAAUGCUUUGGACACGCCUUUAGAGAAAAGUGAGGAGCCUCUGGAGAGGGAGGUGAUCGAUGCUGAGCUACAGAGGUUGUUGGAGACGAAGCCUGCCCAGAUGUCCUAUGAUGAGUAUUUGAAGUGGUACGUGGCAGUGAAAAACAUCCAACGCUUUUACCGAUCGCCCGUUAUAGAGCCUCUUAUGUUCAUCGAUGGAUUCACUGAAGAAGACCUUGAGAAGGCGGUUGGAGGCAAAACUACCGUCAACUUCAUGGUCUUCAUCUGCCAUGGCCACUACAAGUGGAUGGUCAUCGUCUACUGUUCCCAAGCAGAACCCGCCCUCGACGGCUUGGUCAUCAUCUACUGCAGUGACAUCGACAUGGUCAUCUGCGGCGGCAACUCAGUCUUCGUCUUCUACGAAUGGAUGGUCUUCAGUUUCGUCGUCGAGUGCUGA